UUUUACUUUAUUUUAUCUGUCCCGCCUUCCGUGCCCCAAAUUGACACGCUGAUUGGCUCCAAAGGACUGUCAAUCAUAACUCCGGCCCGUUGAUUUGUCCAGACAAAGUUCUCAGGUAACGCGUUAUUUUCAGUUAAGGUUUAACUGAAGUGAGUGACAGUUUUCUCUCCAAACUGUUGCCGUGUGACAUUUUAAGACUUUGUGGAAGAAGACGGCUCACUGUGAGAGGAAAUGGCGACAGACCGAGCAGAUGGAGACAGAGAGUCGGAUGGAGACGUGGACGGAGAUGGUGGUAACAUCGCCCUUCUGGAGGGCGCCGAGGAGUUCAAGGCGUCCUGCGCCAAAGAGAUGGCGCUGCUGGAUCUGAUGGAAAAGACGGGCUACAACAUGGUGCAGGAGAACGGACAGAGGAAGUAUGGCGGGCCACCGCCAGGCUGGGAGGGCCCGCCACCUCCGCGGGGCUGCGAGGUGUUUGUGGGGAAGAUUCCCAGAGACAUGUACGAAGACGAGCUGGUGCCUCUGUUCGAGACCGCCGGCAGGAUGUACGAGUUCAGACUGAUGAUGGAGUUCAGCGGAGAGAACCGCGGCUACGCCUUCGUCAUGUACACCAACAGAGAGGCGGCUCAGAGGGCCAUCCAGAUGUUGGACAACCACGAGAUCCGCCCGGGGAAGUUCAUCGGCGUGUGCGUGAGUCUGGACAACUGCCGCCUCUUCAUCGGCUCCAUCCCCAAAGACAAGAGGAAGGACGAGAUCAUGGAGGAGAUGAAGCAGGUGACGGACGGCGUGGUGGAUGUGAUCGUGUAUCCCAGCUCCACCGACAAAACCAGAAACCGAGGCUUCGCCUUCGUCGAGUACGAGUCCCACAAAGCAGCAGCGAUGGCCCGGAGGAAGCUGAUUCCCGGAACCUUUCAGCUGUGGGGUCAAACCAUCCAGGUGGACUGGGCCGAGCCGGAGAAGGACGUGGACGAGGAGGUCAUGCAGCGCGUCAGAGUCCUUUAUGUUCGUAACCUGAUGCUGAGCACCACUGAGGAAACCCUUCACCUGGAGUUCUCCUGCUUCAAACCGGGCUGCGUGGAGCGAGUCAAGAAGCUCACCGACUACGCCUUCGUCCACUACCGCACCCGCGAGGACGCCGUCACCGCGCUGGGCCUCAUGAACGGGGCCCAGAUAGACGGAGCGCGGGUGGAGGUGACGCUGGCCAAACCUGCCGCCAUCAAAGACGGCAGCAUCGCCGGGAGGAGGUACAACAGCCGAGGUUACCUGGGAAACACAGCAGCAGCAGGAGGGGAUGGAGGGAACAGGACGUUCUUCCUGCACAGGAGCAACGGAGGCAUGAUGGGAGGAGCUGGGAACGGAUAUUCUCCUCUGAGAGCCCUGCAGACUCGCCCGGGAGGCCCCUUCUACGACGGAGCAGGAGACGAUCCAGACAGGUGUGUGUUCCCUCUGUUUCCCGGCACUCAGCUCUCCCCCACCAGCCUGCAGGCGCUGAAGCAGAGUCAGAUCGCCUCCGCUGUCAAUCUGCUCGACUUCUACUGCAGCAAGAACUUCUGGUCCCAGCCCGAGUACCACCUGUACUCCACACUUGGACAGGACGGGAAGCUGCUGCUCCUCUACAAGGUGUCGAUCCCGUCAACACGGAGCACCUACAUGCCUGACAAGCUGUGUGUGCUGCUGGACGAUGCCAAAGAGCUGGCAGCACAGACCACCCUGUGGAACCUGGAUUGCAGACGACAGGUGGUCUACAUGUCCAUGUUGGCAGACUCGUCCUUCUUCAGCGGAGCGUCCUGUGAUUCUCCCAGCAGCCCCUCUCCUCCCCUCGCCGUCCCCCCGUUGGCCGCCAGUCCCGGGUUGCUGACCUGCGGCGGCCGGGCCUUCACCUCCUGCCUCCCUCCUCCUCCUCCUGCCCCACCUUCAUCCUUCCCCCUCUCCCCGCUCUCUUCUCUGUCCUCGCUCAGCCCUCCGUCCUCCGAGACACAGCGGCUCUACAUCAGCCCCCCGUCGCCUUUCUACUGACGCUGUGAGGCUCUGGAGUCUCGACCCAGUGAUGUGAAGAUGUGGCUUGUUGUUGCAGGAGGCUCGUCUGAGGCUGAGCAGCGAGGAGACGAUGUGAGGACGAGGAGGAGAAAAGGCAGGACCGACUUUAUUAUCACACUACCACAUAUUUUCUGUAACGUCGGCCGUCCCUCGACUCUGAAUGUUAUCUCAGUCGGAGACGAAGGAGGGAGAGGAGGACGAUGUUUAGCUCCUGCUCGGCUUCUUCUCUCUAUCGCCUCCGAUUUACAAAACUAAACUAAAAAGACGACAGACAGGCGCUGUUUGGGUUUUACAAAAACACAAAGCCAGCUGAUAAUUUCUAGACUUCUGUUCAGUGUCAGAGUCAGCCUCCUUCUAUCCUCCUCCUCUCCAGUUCACCUUAAACUACCCAUCAAAUAAAAAAAAGUACAUAUGUGUUCAGUUUUUAGGUGAAGGACACAUUUUUCUAACAAACGUUUCCCCAUUUAAACAUGAAAAGAGCCAGUUGAACCUUCAGACUUCUGAUCAGAUCAUCAAGUUUAACUACGUACGUUAAAACCGCCAAUGUUCCGCUGUGCAGCUCGAGUCCAUCUGACAGUUUUAAGAACGCAGAGCUCUAUUAGUGUGAAUUACAGAGAAAGUGUUAAAAAGGACCAAGAGAUGAAAUAACGACACGAGAGUCAGAUUUCCAUUUUCUUUCAUCCUCCCAUUAAACCAAUUGUCUCUACAGAGAUCUAAAACCAGAACACAAGACUCCAGAGGAACGUUUGUAGCUGCUGAUCUCUUACGUUUGUGUUAACCCGAGUUAUCAGUGAGAAGAAUAUGAAACCUCCGAGGGCAGAUUUAGGAUGUAUCCUUCCUUUAGAUUAAAUUUACUGACGUCUUUCUUCUUGUGUUUUUAUAUUUAAACCAGAAUCACUCAGAGAAGAAGAGAAAAGAUUUAAGACGUAAGAACACAGUUAGAUUUGUUUUUACACGUUUCUCCACUUUCUGGUCCGGUGAAGAAAAAAAGUCUCCACAUCUCAUUAAAAAUAUUAAGUUUCCUCGCCACAAAAACAGCUGGAAGAAGUCCAGACAUCUGAUUAAAAACACUCUGCUGCGACACAGAGGCUGAAAAAAGUUUAGUCUGUGAAAACAAAAAGAGAGUUUUGCAGUCACAAAGAUCACUGGAAGAAGUCGUAACAUCUCAAUAGAAAUACUAAAAAAAAGAUGGCAAGAAAAUGUCCCAACAUCGUGUUCAGAAUACCUAUUUAUCAGCAGAAACAGCUGAACAAAAUACCCAGUUUGUUGCCACAAAGACGGCUUUUGUUUCAUUCCUGUGUGAAGAAACAGAAGGGAAAUUAUUAGGAGGUUACAGGUAAAAACAAUUAAGUAACUAUCAUGUUUAGAUUCAACAUAUUUGAAUUAAUUCAAGAAGAAAGUACCGACUAAAGACGUGUUCACUUGCCAUUUUUUCCCGAUCAGAAAAGCGUUCAAACUUUUAUUUAGGGGAGAAAGAAAUACUGGAAGUAAAACUCCACAGCUGAGUAAAAUAAGAAGUUAACUUUGUGUCGAGGAGGAUGAGAGCAGGAGGUUUAUUCCUUCACCAGAGGAAUAGAAAUAAGAAGCAGAGAGGAGUGACGGUCGUCGUUUUAAAACCUAAACAGACGUUUUAUUAACGCGGACACGAGAACAAGAAACAGUUCAGAGGUGAUGAGUGUUUCCACGUCGACUCAUCUGAAGGUUGUGAGUGGUUUUAUCGACGUGAGAGUGUUUGUUGACUUUCUUUAUGUUCCUCUUUAUGUUCACUGAUUUGUUCAGACCGAGUCGACGCCUCUGAAGGUUGUAAGAGGUUUUAUUGAUCUGAUUCAACUCAGCGCAGAUCAAACGGUGUUUAAAGGCAGACGAUUUUCUUUACGUUCACAUCGCGUUUGUGUUCAGUGAACGCUGUUGUUCAGCUGUUUGAGUCCAUUCAGGAGCUGUGAACUCACCUUUUAAUAUGUUUAUACUGCAGAUGUGUUGUGAUCUUUCAAUCCAAGUUUCUGAUGUUUGAUUCAGUUUGUUUUCAGGCUGGUGGAUUUGAAAAUGUGUAUAAAAAGUUUGUUGAGUAGCUCCUCA